AUGAUGGCCUCACGCAUCUUGUCUCGUUUCCUGCCCAACGCAGAUGAUGGCUCUUAUCAACAGAGCUAUGGACAUGAUCAUGGUCCGACGUCCGACAGAGCUGAACGAGGCCUUAGAGACUCGUCCGACGAACACGAGCUUAACGCUCUCCUCGCUCAAGUAGACGAUGAAGCCGACCUUGACUUUGACCCGCGACAAGGCACAUCAUCCCGACCUCAUGGAGACGAAGACAUUCCAGCCUCGUUGCUCAUGGAGGACAAGCCCGAUCAGAGCUCGUUUGCUCCAUCACCAAGUCGUCGUGCCGAGUCACAAUGGAAAAGAGCCCAAGAGAGGCAACAACUACACCCUGAUGACCGGCCACUCCGCGUCGUGCCACACGCACCCAAUCCGAAUGUCGUCCUCCGAGAGCAAGCCAUGUGGUUCUGGACAAACGUUCAAAACCUGGAUGCCUUCCUCCUCCAGGUCUAUCAGUACUUUACUGGACAUGGGAUAUGGUCGAUAUUGUUAUCGCGUUGCCUUCACCUAGCCACCACCGCAUUCCUCUUCAGUCUCUUCAUCUUCCUCUCGACUUGCGUCGAUUACACCAAAAUCCCUACCAGCAAGAGUUCAUCCGAAGUCUUGAUACCCCAGUGUAUGAAGAACUCAUCCUGGACAAAGAGUCUUCUCCUGUGGGUCUUCUGCUUUUGGUGGUUAUGGACUUUAUUUACAUUCCUCGCCGACAUACCCAGGCUGAAAAAGAUGGAAAUGUUCUACCAGCAUCUGCUCGGCAUACCCGAUACUGACAUCCAAGCUGUUUCCUGGGAAAGAGUCGUACAAGGGCUCAUGAAGCUUAGAGAUCUCAACCCAGAGACUGCCGCUGAGGUUCCAAAGUACUUGAAGGCUGCAGGAAAACAGUCAAAGCAAAGAAUGGACGCCCAUGACAUUGCAAACCGUCUCAUGCGUCAGGACAACUACAGCAUUGCUCUUUUUAACAAAGAGAUCAUCGAUCUCACCCUCUCCGUGCCCUUCCUCGGCAAUCGUCAGUACUACUCCAGAAGCCUCGAAAACUGUAUCAACUUCUGCUUCAAUGAUUUCAUCUUCGACGAGCAAGGUCAAGUCAAGACUGCGUGUCUACAAAGGAAAGAUAGGAGUCGAUUGAUCCAAGCUCUUCGCACCCGCCUUCGCUUCGUUGCUAUCUUGAGCAUCUUCUUGGCUCCCUUCACCAUUACUCUAAACUCCAUCUACUAUUUCUCGCGCUACUACGCUGAAUUUCGCGCUAGCCCAUCCGCCAUCGGUGCACGAACUUUUACUCCUCUGGCAGAAUGGAAGUUCCGUGAAUUCAACGAACUUGACCACGAUUUCCGUCACCGCAUCAAGCAGGCACAUCCGAUGGCAGCUGCCUAUCUUGAUCAAUUUCCCAGAGACAAGACUCAUCAGUUUCUACAGUUCGUGAGCCUCGUCAGUGGUACUCUGGCAGGCCUUCUGACCAUUGCCACUUUGUGGGAUUCGGAACUAUUUCUUGGCUUCGAGAUCACACCUGGUCGCACAGCUUUCUUCUACGUUUCUAUCCUUUUGGCAAUUGCCACUGGAGCGCGAAGUGCUAUUCCCGACGAAAGCAAGGUUCACGAGCCCAUCUUCCACCUGAUGAAUGUCAUUGAUGCCACUCACUACUGCCCUGCCCGCUGGAAGAAGCAGCUACACAGUGAUGAGGUCAGGGUCGAGUUCUCUGCCCUUUAUCAGAUGAAAGUCAUGAUAUUCCUCGAGGAGAUUUUGAGUCUUUUGAUCGCUCCUUUUAUCCUGUGGAGAAACUCUGGAAAGCGGAGCGAAAUGAUCAUCGACUUCUUCCGCAACUCCACGGUCCAGGUUGACGGGCUUGGUCACCUGUGCACAUUCGCAGUCUUUGAAUUUAGGAAGAGCAAAAAUGUUGAGGAUGAUGUGGAUAAAGACGUCGAUGGGUUACGCGAGGAAUACUUCGGCACCAAAGACGACAAGAUGGCCAUGUCGCAAUAUUACUUCAUGGAGCGCUUGGGCAAGUAUGACCGACAGCAGGCUGCACGACACAACCGUCCACAUGGCAUACAGCUACCUCCAGCGUUCCCUCCGCUAGAGACUCCUGCCACCAUGCGGGGUAGGAAUGUAAGGGAGCCUUCCUCGCAUCAGCCGUCACCGCAUCAGUCUUUGUUGCUAGACGUUCCGCGACAGAAGGCUGGUUCAGCGCCCUACAGAAAGGCCGGGGGACAGCGUCUAGCGCAGUUGCGUGCCGGUGGUAAACGUCACAAUCCGGCAGACUACUUGAGUCCCAAUGAGGGCGAAGAAGACCACAUUGCGGGUCUCGACGCCAUGACUACAAGCAGACUCAUCGAGCAGGACAACAAUCUAUCGGACUCUUGGAAAGCAUUUGGCGAAAGAGCCGAUAUGGAGGAUUUAGAGGUGGCUAAUGAGCGACGUCCGAACAACGGAGUCUUGGGACUUCUCGUCGAAUAUUCCAAGGCACAUGCUGGCGGCAAGGGACCUAAGAUAGGUUGA